AUGGAGCCUCACCCACCUGCCACGCAUCUCUCCAGGGAGGCGCGCCCCUCACUGUUUUCUCCACCCACCUUUGGCUCCACAGGCCAUGGCGUCCUCGUUGCACGCCGCCUACGUCACGGUGAUGGAGGCUACGACACCUUUGGGGAGCGUGAUCAGAGUGUUGCGCAGCCUGGCCCUCCGCUGCGGCUCAGCACACGCCGGCUGCAGGUAUUCGGCUACGUACUCGCGGAGCUUAGCAGUGCCACAACGCUCCUGCCGGACUACACAAAGGCAAUCCUGAAUCUCUCGCGGCGGCUCAUCGGGGCUUGGCAGGCGGUGACAGCAGCCGCAGUUGCGCGAACACGGUAUGAGCACGCGCUGGUGUGGGCUGCUCAUCAAUGGAAGCAAACCGAGACUUUAGAUUUGAGGGCAUCUUCGCCAACGAAGAAGGCUAGCGAAGGCUCCGGGGCUUUCCUGACGAUGUCGAUGCGCUCAUCGCGAAGGCGAGCGGGAGAGAAAAAGAAGCGGUGCAGCUCUGUGCCAGUCACCGCGGCAGCUGCUGGAUCGUCCCCGUCCCCCGCUGUUGCUGCGGCACUCGUCGACUCGACAACCUCUUCACACAAGCGCCGUCGCCUGGUCCGAGAGGCGACGCCAGCGGCUGCAGGCUCAGACGUGGCUGUGGCGGAUCAGAGACUUGGGAAGUUUCAGCAGCACUCCAAUGCUCCUAGCUAUGGCGGCGCACCGGCCCCGCCUUGCGUUGACUCCCCUACAUCAUCCAGAAAACACCUGCAAGCUGACGUUGCAGCGACACCACCUUCGCCUUUGCCCUCUGGUCGCCGUCGUGGCGCCCUCCGCAGCCGCGUUGCCCAGAGGCGCCGCCAGCAGUUUCUGCAAAGGACUCUGCAGCAGCUGUGGCUGGAUGCGCAGGAGGCGGAGGACAAGGCAGGGCAGCACGUGGAGUAUAUUCGUGGCCUCGUCGUCAACGCCUUGUAUCAACAAUACCUUCAAGUCACGGUCGAGGCUAGCUACCACGACGUGGUUCUAUAUCGAUGGCUCUCGCCGUUGCGGUUUACGGUGCGCCGUGGCGGCGUUGGCCCGCGGCAGAUGUGGUCGCGCCAAGGUUGCUGUCAGCACCGCCGCAGCGCGUCGGCUCCCCAGAGGCCCGGGUCUUACCAGCACGCGCUUCAGCACCAAGCUGCGGUGCAGGUGGUUGCAGAUCUGCAGCUUCUGUGGCGAGUGCUGGGCCGUGCUCGCAUUGCGGCAGGUCCGUCCCGUGGUGCAAGGAGGCCCAGCAGCAAUAGUGACGACUCUGGCAUUGUCGUGGCAUCGCUGGCGAUGGGGGACGACGGCAGCGCGUCCAGUGUUCCUUUGCCGCCAACCACAGCCGCCGCGCGGGGCGCCAGCGGUGCGGGAGGUCCUGCAUCCUUUGCCACCGUCGAUGGAGGCGGGGCCGGCGCCACCGCAAUCCGUGAGGAGGCCAACGGUGACGGUGCAGCUGCACGGCGGACUGCCUCAACUGACGGCAGUCAGAGUUCCUCUGGGCUGAGCACCCCCGACGCCUCGGGCGACAACACGCUCGCUGCGCCGAUGCCCUUACAGUCUUUUUUACAGGCCUGCCUGUCAUUUGACCCUACGCACUGCGCCUUCGCUCUCAUGUCGCGAUGCGUCGUGCUCGCCCAGCACGUCCGUAGCGGGGACGAUGAACAGGCGGUGUCGUCCCACGUCGCGCCGGAUAGAAAAGGGUGUCGGCAAGAAGUGCGCGGCGGGGUGGGCGGAGCCGAUGAAAGCGUGACCGAGGGGGUCGGCGGCGAAGCGCCGGCCCGGGAGUACUUUGGCCUUUUUUACGUGGUUAUCGCCCGGCGUGCCGUUGGUGGUUGCGCCUGCACUGCCAUGUGCUUCGGCAACCACAAGUUCAUAUUCGUCUGCUGCCAUGACACCGAGGUGCUGCUACGAGAGGCGAUGCCGGGCGCGGAGAGCGACGAGGGCGCGUGUGAGGGGAGCGAGGCAUCGACAGCAGCGACUGCAGAGGCGGAAGAGCGGCACCUCGCUCACGUGUCACGUCUAUCGGCCGAGGCAACUGCAACGACGUGCAGAUCGAGUGAGGCGGUAGGAGAGGCCGAGAGGCUUGCAGGUACCGAUGCGCAGACACCGCCCUCCGUCUCCAUGUCCUCAACGGUUGUGAUGGCCGCAACAGCCAAGGGCCACCGACGCCGCCUCCCCCUUUCCCGUUUUCGCGCCGACAGCCUACGGAUGGACACACUGACUUUGCCGUCGUCAGCACGCGAGAUUAGCGCUCUCAGCGCACAUGACGCACAUCGGCUCAAGCGUAACGCCACUGAGAACAGCGGCGGUCCCGAGCGCGGUCGCGUCGACGAAGCGGGGCCGUCACCUAGGACGCCGUCAGAGGCGCCAACGCACUCGUUGCCUUCGUCCCCGAGAUCGAUACCUCCGGGCGGGGGUGUGCAGAGGACGCCUCCUAGACCACCACACUCGCCGAUGCCGCCGCGCCUCUCGCCAGCGGCCGGCGGGAUGAAAGAGGCAGCAUCCACCCCGUUGAGUGACGCAGCGCUCGGCGUUGCGGCGCUGCCGUCGUCGAUUGCCGAAAAACGUCUCUGGGGGCGCUCCCGAACUCGGCAGGCGCCUUCGCCACAUGGGAAGUGGUCAUUCACGCAGAUGCUUUCGGCGACGCUGGACCUCUCUUCCACCGACCGCGACAGUGCCGCCGCGCCAUGCCGAGCAUAUACGGCAGCCACCACAACGCUGUUGCCACCCGUACUGCCUCAGCCGAUCGGGGCCGACAUCCGUAGCAGUCCCGCCCUGGUGUCGGAUGCUUCUCUCCAGUCGCGUGCCGCGCGGGCGGGAUCGAUGCCGUUAUGCUCACCGCUUGCACCACUACUGCAAGGGACGGCGAGUAUCUUUCCAAGAGAUGGCGCCGUUGCUGAUGAGGAAGACUUUGACGCCGAAUGCUCUUGCGCAUCUGCACUCAAUCCGCUGCCCACGGAAUCCAGCCGGCAUGCUGUGAGUGGCGGCCUUGUGACGCGCUGCACCGCCUCCGCUACACACCCCAUGCCAGACUCGGCGCUCCUACCAUGUCAGACUUCCUCUUCCACAUCACGCAGCUCUUCUUCCCUUGUUGCCUCCUUCAGCGACAGCAACGACGACGCGCAGGAUGCACACACCGCUGAUCGCGCCCGUGGUCGGCAGCAACGACAAGGGUUUACCGCUGCGUAUCCGGAUUGCAUCGCGGACGGCGAUGAUGAGCGGGACACGGAGGAGGAAGGUGCGACGGCAGAAGACGGUGAAGAAAUUUUGGGCAGAAGCAGCACGCAAGUCUUUGUUGUUAUGCACUCGGUCCUUUGCAGCUGCGGGGCACAGGACCUCCCGAGAGAAUCUGGCGAGGCUGCAGAGCGCGCGGGUGCGGCAUCGACGUCGUUCAUGACAGCAGCGACACCCAAUUUCUUUGUGCCUAGUCAGGUACGCCGACACCCGCUCGACACGCCGCUGGAAUGGCCAAGUGCGCCGCUGGGGGGCAGCACACAGGUGCUGCCGGGUCGCUCUUCCGUACCGUGCGCAACAGACGCGGACUUUCCUCUCUCGUACUUCGAGCAACGCGUGCUACUGCCGCCUGCAAGUGGACACGAAAGGCGGGUGGGUGGCGGGUGCAGCGGCGGCGGUGAUGGUAGCGCUGCUCAUCCUCGUGCUCCACCGAUUGAGAUGGAGCAGAAGAGUCCUUCUUGGAUGUUGCCACCCGCAUGGGCAGCUAAGCCGACAGACGCGCCGCUUGGCGCUGCCUGCUCGCGUGCUCGAGCCGCAGGUGCUGAGGCGGCUGCAGCACAGCAUAAAGCGCGCGCCACCGUUCCAGAUGCUGAUGUGCUGCGGGUGGAAGUCGCGGUGUAUUCGUCACCGGAUCCAGAGGAGGGAAAGCUCUACAACUUAGCAGAAGAAUACAGUAGCACCGAGCCGAAAGGCACAUCGUCCUGUCCUCUACACGCGUUGUGGGCUGCAGGCACGUCAGUGGUGGAGCCAUCGGAUGGGGACAUGGCGUUUGCGGCGGAGCUAUAUGCGCGGCUGCAGUUCUGGAGUCUGCGCGGCCAGGACCGAAGCGCGUACAUUGAUCCCUCGUGGACGCGGCAAUCAAGCCACGAACGCCCUGAGAGGGAGAAGUGGAGGGCACCGUCUGCCUCUCACAGCCGCGCCGGCAACACGGAGGCCCUGGAGGGAUUGGCGGCGGUGGAUCGCCAGCAACCAGCGGCACCGUUGUCCAGCUGCGCCACAGGGGUCGAUACUCCCGGGAGAGUCCAGACCGGGAUGAGUCCUGCAGCUCCAGGCACACGGACAGGAGGCAAGCCGCCGCCAGACGAAGCAUUGCCUUCGUCGCUGGACUCGUCUAUGAACGCAUCUGAAGACCAGGGCUCGAAAAACGCUGUCGAGCUUCCACUUCGCCUGCUCCACUGCACGGUCGGCACCAUUGAGCUUUCAGACGAGGCACUGCAUCCACUGCCGAGGGCGGGUACCAGAAUGCGGAAGCGUCGACGUGCCGCGCACGCUGUCGAGCGGCAGACAAAGCGAAGGUCGAGGGUGGCGGGGAGCAGUGGCGCGACGGAGGAGGAGGCGGACGAUUCUCCCGCGAAAGAAGCCGAGGAAUGCGACGAGGGACCUGAGAGCUUUCCGCGCCUGCCGCCUCUCAUGACCGUCAAUGCGCGUGGCAAAGCGCUACUCUUUGAGGCUCUGCGCGAGGCCACGGAGGUGGUGGUGUGUGGCGUGCGAGAGAGCCGUGCCCACACUGGUUACCACGACGUGCUUCAUCAGCGCUGUCCCCCACCGCCUUCAUCGACCUCGGCGGCCGCCGCGCCGCAGAACGGAGCCGGCGUGCGCUCGGAGGGAGAUGCGGGCCAGGUAGGUCACGACCCGCGUGCUGACGCGGCGGCGGCGGAAGCGACGACUGAUAUGCCAUCGAAAUCGACGUGGAUUACGACCGUGAGCCCGUGGAUGGCAGCCGCUGCGGCAGCGCAAGGGUGCAGUUUUCGUGUUGCAGCCGGCACGCUCUCCCGUGACGGACACAACCCCUUUUCUUUUGACACCCAUCGACACCUAGGCGCGUGCGGCAUCGUUCGCUGGUCUCAAGGAGACAUCUCGCACGAGGAGGAGGCUGGAAGCUCGCCGGCAGAUGUGAGUGACGAGGAGGCUGUGAUGACCACGGCGGUGUCGAGGGAGAAUAGCGCGCCCCACGGUGCGGAAGGGACUAGCGGCGGCGCCAUGCACCACCACGAUCACGUGCGCCGCUCCAACUCUUCUCAUAUGCCCAAGUGGCGGUGGCCGAAACUUCCCGCCAAUGACCACAAGCAGUGGCGCUGCGAGCUGCUCAAGAGCGAGUUCCGUUUGGCCCGAUCGCGCUGCCUCGACUGCCUCCUCGUAGACCACACCCAUGGCCGCCCGAUCGCCGCGAUCACGCUGGCUCCUUGGUCGUGGCCACAUGCGUCAUUUGACUUGCCCUUGGACGCCGUCUACAGCGGUGACGACGGGGACGACGAGGGGGUGCCGCCGAGGCGAUGCACAGAGCGGUAUCGUGCUGGCACCGAGGCCACGGAGGUGCCGUCUCCACAGGAGGUGGUGCAGCGCACCGUCUACGUCGUGGUUGGCUUCACCUACUACAUAGCUCCGCUAUGGCGGCACCUGCGAGAAGAGAAGGCGGUGCUGGUAGACAUGGACCGCACCCUAAUCGACAACGCCAUCACGGUGCGCUCGGCUGUCGAGCGGCAGCGUCACCUCCGUCACCUGCGUCGCGUCGUGGCGGCUGCUGACGGCGUGGCAGGGGCUGAAAACCCGUGCGUGCUCUGGCGCCGACACCCGGCGGCGCCGUCGUCAGAGCGCUUCGCCGGCGCGCCGCUCCGACUCGGCCGAAACGACGCGCCGCCGCUAACAGAAGAGGAACUUGCCGAGUCGAUGGUGAGAGGGGCGGAUGGACAGCAGGAGGGCGCGUUGUACCGGGACAGCAGAGGGCACCACCUCCACAACAACGACACUUUCCAUUUUUCACACAGGUGUACGGAGGUUGUUGAGGACGACGGUGUGCUGCGGCCGACCAUACGGCAGAGGCCUCUGCCCACUCGUGAGCCGCUGUUGUCUCAUGCACAGACUGCGACAGGCGACACCUCUGUCCUCUCCAGUGGCGGCUUGCUGCGUUGCUUCAUGCGCCGCACCGCAUCGCAGCGGCACAGUCUUGGCAUCGUGCACUACGAAGAAUGCGGCGCUGUCAAAUAUACAGCUGCUUCCCCGUCUGCAUUAGGGCCGGCUUCCGCAGUGGACUCGUCGUCCAAGAGCGGUCACGACCACGGCCACAACAACUUUGAAAGCCACGACACACGAGAGACGUCAUCUGCGUCGAGCGCCGAUGCGGAUGCCCUCAGGUCGAGCUCUGCAAAGUCUGCCACUGCUUCAGCGACUGCGGCUGCGACGCCACCGGCCCGCUACCUGCUCGAUGUUGUGUACGUGCGCCCUGGCGUGCGCCAGUUCCUCUACCGUGUGGCCACCCAGUGGAACAUUCCGGUAGUACUGGUGACAAAGUCAGCGCGGAGCCGCACCGAGGCCAUUCUGCGCCAGGUGCUCGACCCGCACAGAGUACUCUUCCCCGACAUGCGAUCAAGUGUGGUGACGGCGGACGAGAUGCUUCGCUGGUGCGAUGACGAAGAAAGGGGCUGUCAUGACGUCAGCAAGGAUGAGGAGGCGCCUGCGGCGUCAGACGCCUGUUUUGCUGGGCCCGUGGGCGGAAUCCCAGCGGACAACAGCAGCUCCGCAGCAUCAAGCGUGCCCAAUACAGCUCACGCGCGCCUCGUACCGUUGCAGGCGCCGGUACCGAAGAGCACGGCUGAGCGCAUUGCACGAUGCCGCAAAGGUGUCCUGCGCGUUGUGCAGCUCAUUUUGGAUGCCGCCGCAAUGACAGCCGCUCGUCGUGCGUGGCGCGCUCCGGCGUGGUGCGACUGGUCAAACCGCCUGCCGAAGCCGCGCAGCAUCGCUGUGCUGGAUGACGCUCCGCAGGUAUGGGAGGAGUCGGACUGGCCGUGCACGGUGCACGUAGCCCCCUACACACUCGCCCGCGUCGAUCCACGGGCAUACUUUAGCCGUCGCGGCUACGUCACCUCCCUCGUGCUCUCUUGCUUGUACGGGUCGAAGUGCUUGGUGUGCAGUGAGGGUGUGCUGCGGCUGCCAGAGUGGCAAGGGGCUGAUCCAUCGACAGCCCUGUCCUCUCCCCACACGCCUUCAACGACUCUGGGCAUGCCAGAGAGCCGUGGACUCGGGGCGUACCGCUGGCCGCAUUGCGUAUGUGUGUGCCCGCCCGACCAUCUUCGCGACCUCGCCCGUGCGGAGGAGGAUGUGCCGGUCAGCUACACUAACACUAGCUACAGCGCCGCCGCCUCGAAUCUGUCCGCUGACGUGAGCGCGAUGCUGACGGCGCUGCUCUGGCGCAUGUCGAGAAAAGCUGCGCUGUGCAGCUCCCAGCAACCACUGCUGUUGCCGGCCAUCGAGGGCUCUGUGGGUACGGAGCUGGGAGAGCAGGCAAGAGGUGCUGAGAGCCAGGUUGGGGCAAGCCGCCGUGGUGACCGCCGCCGACUUCGGCGCCGGCGCCGGCGCCAUGCUGGCGAUCUGGGCGCGACCAUGGCUCCUGCCAGCGAAGGCCGAUGCGAAAAGGCGCUCCCUGCCACGGCAACAGCAGCGGAUGUGUUGGGUCUCGUCGGAAGGGCUACGCGGCCAGGACGUGUCGACACCGUCGACACUGAAGGCAUGGUUUCUCCUCCGUCUCCCUCGCCUUCGAUGUUCGCCAGGGCGACAUGCCACUCCUUCCCGUCUGCCUCGGCCUCAGAGCAGUCAUCAUCGUCAUCAUCUGGCUCGAACUCUUCGUUGUCGUCCACCACCGCCUCCUCAUUCUCGUUGGAGCCGUUCGCGUGGGGCGCCGGCUUUGGCCACGCGGCGGUGAACGCGAGGACUGACACUGGCAGCUACACGCCGAGUACCAUGAUGACGGCAGCGUCGAUGCCGCCGACUCCGAUGACCUUCCACCCCUUUCCCGACCUGCCGCUUGAGUCCAGGGUGGUAGGCGGUGUGGCUGAGGCAGACGAUGACGAGCAGCACGGACUGCGCAUCAGCACGGGCAGUGUAUCUGCCAACGCUACGGCUAGCGGCACGAAUACGGCAAGGGGAGAGAGUGCAGCCUUUCAGACUUCCCCAUGGGAUGGCUACACUGUUGCGACCCCCAACGGGUACGAAGCGCCUUGUUCGAGUGCGUCUGCUGUGGAUGAUGCGAUUCCGUUGGAGAUACAGGUGGCACCGUCGGUGCUGGAACCUCUCUGCACACCAGGUAGUCCCAGCCACGACAUUGAGGAUGUAAGCGAGGCGCAUGCCAUGGCGUCGGUCGACUCGGUCUCGUGGUCUGGUGGCUCUUAUAAGGCUUUGCGGUCGAGCCGCAGCUUCACGUCUGCGCCCAGGACGGAUGUUGUGCCCAUCACCUCUGUGCCGGGGACGUUUACAGAGAGGGUUGUGGUGGAUGUCGACGAGCCAGCGCCGUCGGAGGUGUGCGAGGCAGUGCUGCAGCGACCGCGGCACCGGCUCCUCGAUGACCCGCUUGACGAGGUAGAGGAUGUCACCCCGCUGUGA